AUGUUGGUUUCAACUAUCGAGCAGACUACUCAAUCCAUGAACAAACUGGCUGGUAUGUUUGGUAAAAUUCAUCCAUCCAUACUAUACCUGCCAACCUACCAACUCCGUCACUCACUGUCUCUCACUCACCCACUCACUUGCACGCUCGCUCGAUCGCUCGUUUGCUUAGAUUUAUUUAUUUUUUAAGCUGAGGUCACAUCUUUGUUUUAAACAUCAUUGUAAUACUAUAAGCACUUUAAGUUGAUUUGGGGUCAUAUUGCCUCCUUUCAAUUGUUUUAAUUCCAUUCAGGAUCAUCCAAGCAACGCACACGAUUACGUAGUAAAAUUUCUGCAGAUAAAGCCAAACUUUCUUCUCAAAUACAACGGUAUAAUGAAGAGACACAGGGUGUUCAAGGCGCCAACCAGCAGUGUACAUGUUCUGUCUCUGAAGUCAUUAAAGGAAACUUCCCAUGGGGAAGAAAUGCAGGUGAAGCAUGAUCCAUAUUCAUUUAUGAAAUUUCCAUUCAAUUGAGUUAUGUGGUAGUGUUUGUUUAAUUUGCUGAAGACAUGUACUGAUUGCUGUCCACGGCUGCCGAUUACUCAGGCUUUUACUUUUGUAAACAUAUUUUAGUAAACAAAUAGUUUGUUACUAAUAUAUGCGCAUUCACACUGGGUGGUUUGCUACGCCGUGCUGAUGAGGCCCAAAUAGGCCGAAACAGCCGUACAUGGUCGUGAUAAUUUGCAACAAUGUUAGUCGAAGUUGUUUUGCGUAGUAACAGCAUUCAACGCCAACUUAAAUAUUUGUUCCGUUUUUCCAUAGUCUAUUGCGCUUCAAUUAUAGCACUUACAACAGCGAUUGUCUAAUGUUCACAAUCCAUAUCUUCUGUUAUGUUCGUACGGUAAUGUUUUAUGCUACGCAGUCGCGUCGGGACAUUUCUCAAAUUGUUAAGACUUCACUACACUUUAAUUUGUGUAAAAACUGUGCUUUGUUUACCUGCUUCUCUCUUUAAUGAUAAUGCUAUCGCAGAUACACCGAUACGGAUCAAGAGAAUAAUUGUAGAGAAGAGCGAGAUAGCGAAGAGAUGGGACGAGGAAGUUGCUCUGGUAAAAAAGGAGAUGGCCAACUUCAUUGCGUAUUACAUGGACGUGAGCAUUCCCCACCUAACAAAGAUCGCAGAGGAAUUGCAGGGAAAAUUAGACAGUUAGUAAAUAUCAGUUGAAAAUACAGUCGGACCUCUAUUAAGCUACCACCCUCGGGACUUUGAAAACUGGCCACUUAAUAGAGGUUGGCCGUUUAAUAAAGGUAUCGAAUACUGCAGUUUAGAGACACUGAAAUAAUUUGGGACUUAAAAAAAUGGCCGCUUAAUGGAGGGUGGCCGCUUAAUAGAGGUUCUACUGUAAUUUGUUUUCGGUUGAGAACCAUUCUUCACCGAAAAAAUAGAUUUAUUUGAUUUGUUCUCGUUCUUUACUCCUUUUAAGAUCUUUCCAGGCCACUUGAUGCCCGUGGACCACCAGAAAUCGAAGAAGCAUCUGUGGAGUCGGAGAAUGUAGGACUGAGAAAAACUUUUAUUUGUCAUAUGCGCAAAGCCUUGAGCGUAGUGUUUAAACGAUGGAAAACACUGUGCACUGGAAAAAUCAGUUAGUUUAUGCAGUGGAUAUCAUGCUUUGCUUUGUCACAUCAGCUGCAUUACGAUUUAUCCGGUUGAUAGUGUUAUCCAACCUUCGAAUAACUGGGUCCCGACCUUUUAACUAAUGAUGAGGUCUUGUCCGACCUUACAAUAAAAGAAUUAGCACGUACUUGCGUAGUCUGACAGAUACUUACAUUGUAACAAGAAAGUAGCACUUGAAUGGGCUGCCUUCUGGUGUAUCUCGAAAACAAUCUAAAUUGUUGUCACCUUACUGGCUAAAACGUUGAUCCAAUCGUUUCCCUUUCUUGCAUUUUGUCGUAGAAGUGACUUCAUGACAACCGAAGUUCAUGUCGUCCGAUUCUGUCUGCUGUGACAGUAUUGACUUUCAAAUCAGUCUGUCGCUUUGCAAGUGUAAGUCCUUUUUAAUGACGCGUAUGAUUAUAGAGCGAUUUCGAGUACACAAUACAUACAGUUCAACCCUUUUUGGCUAUAUAACGUGCCCAUUUUUGUUAUUUUUUUAGGAAAUGAUCGGCAGCUAUAGAACUGUGUCGGUGGACGCAAGAAUUAUUGGAGGGAAGUUGGCCUAUGCUAAAAAAGGGAUCGCUUUCUGCAAGCUUCAACUUGUCAGCGCAGCCUCUAAAUUUCAAACAGCACUAUCUGGUAGUGACUAUGAGGAUUCGUUAAAUAUCCAAGACAAUGAGGAUGACAAUGACAAUUGGGAUGGAGGUGAUGAUUCUGACCAUGACGAUGUCGAAGAGGAAUAUGAGCAUUAUAUUGCUAAUUCCGACAAUGAUGCCGUUGACACCGACACGUCAACAGAUGACAAUUUUGAAGUCCUCGGGGAAAGCAUUACUCAGAAUGACUUGUUCGUAUGGAAAUUCCCGCCUGAAGUCAGCCAAUCAACACUUGACGGCCGAAAUGGUAGUUCGGCUUGCAGUGUUAUAGCCCUUAUCCUUGCACAUGGCGCAUGGCAUCAAGGUCUUAAUCUCCAACCGACACUUGUGCUGUCUCCUCUGUGGGUCAAACUUGCCGCUAUUAGAGUAGGAAACCGGCUUUACGACCGCUGUCGUCUAAGCUUGCCGCAACGCUUCUUGUCUGCGUCAGAGGCUGCCACCGUCGCGCAACCGUGUGUAAGCGUCUCAGUUGACUCCCCUUUGCCAGUUCGCGUUUUUGAUGAACAUGGCCCCACGACGUUGUUGUUCCAGUUGAGAAGGCUGUGUGCACGGGACCACGGUGAUGCUGCCCUGUUAAUAGUGAACGAGAAGACAGUUGUCUUUAUACCAGUCGGGAAUUCGUCCAUUGUUUUGGUGGAUACACACCGACAUGGCCUCCACGGUGCCGAAUUAUUACUGGGCCAUCAAAGCAGCUUGAAUCAGUUUGUCAGUGUCUGCCAAACAGUUUUGGAUCUACAGGAUGACACCUACGCUAAUUUGUGUUUUAUUUCUUUUUAA